CAUUAUGAAGCCAGUAUACAUGCUUAUACAUAAUAAAAGAAGCAAAAUUGGGAACACAUAUAUGUCUUUUGGAUUUAAUAUUUUUAGUCUCAAAUUUCGUUAAUGUUUUGCCAACUUCUAAUAGUAAAUUUGGUGCGUUUGCUUAUUGUGAUCAAAACAUUGAUAAGCUUUAUCUAAUGAUCAAGUAAAGACAGAUGUGACUGGGAAUAAAAUAUUGCUCCCUUAAAUUUGGUGAUGCAUGGUUGUUAUUGUGAUUUGUAUCAUUCAUUUGUGGGUGUAUGGGAAAAAAAAUUGAUAGGUGCACAUAUUUAGUGGUGGGUGUUGGAGAAGCUUCAUAUUGUUUAGAAAAUUUAAUAAGAGUAAUAAAAAAAAUGUAGAAAAAACAUAGCUUUGACAAAUCAAUAGGAGUAAAAGAAAGAGAUGUCAAUAUAUAUAUAUAUUUGAUUGGUUUGGUUUAAUGUAAGAAGAUUGAUUUAUAGAGUAUUCCUGAAGCGGUGGUGCUGUAUCCAUAAUCCAACCCUCUCUUCCUCUUCCCUUCCAAAUGAAUACCCAAUACGCCAAGCAAUUGCUCCGUAAUAUCCGUGCAGAUUCUACCAAAUUUGUUCUCAAUAGAGAAAAACCACAUUGGAACUAUAUACAUGGUGUUUUUAACCGGUUUCAAUUGCAAAGGUCAAGAGCAGACAAGGUAGAAGAUAAGCCAAAAGAAGAGCAAGAAACACAACAGAGUUCUUUUAAAUAUAAAGUUAAGAAGGCUGAUGGGAAUUAUGGGAUUAGCAAAUACAGUUCUGAUGAUGAAGAUCCCUCGGAUAGUAAGUGGAAGUUAGAGCUGGCUUGGCUCACAAAGGCACUUGAACCUGCUCUGCAAUUUUGUAGGUGGGCUCGGCCAACAGGAGAUGGAAUAGUAAACAAACCCCCACCAAGCAAUCGAUCCCUUAUGGAAAUAAUUGCCUGCAUCCAACGGAGCAAGAUUGGAAUCCAAGAUUGGAGCUUGAGUGACCUUACGAUUGGCUUGUAUCUGAUCUAUCUUCGUCAAGCUUCUACACAUCCAUUUGAAGAUAUCAAAGGCAUUCAGAUACUGUCAGAAUCAAUUGUUCAAGAUCUCAUUUAUCAUAUUGAGUUGGCUAAAGGUGCUUAUAGGGAUAGCCCUGCUAGUCUUUCAAAGAACAGCAUGCUUCGAGAAAGUAAUAUCAUAAAAUUUGUUAAAAACUCCAGUAUAAUGAGGCCUGGAUAUUAUAUAGGGGUUGAUACCCGUAAAAAGCUUGUAAUUUUGGGCAUUCGUGGCACACAUACUAUAUAUGACCUUGUCACUGAUAUUGUUUCCUCAAGUGAUGGUGAAGUCACCUUUGAAGGCUAUUCAACCCACUUUGGCACUGCUGAAUCUGCACGUUGGUUUCUCCAUCAUGAGAUUGAAAUCAUAAGAAAAUGCUUAGAGAAACAUGAGGGAUUUAAGUUAAGACUUGUCGGUCAUUCUCUGGGAGGUGCUAUAGCUUCUUUGUUGGCAAUAAUGAUCCGUAGAAAAUCAUCAAAGGAGCUGGGUUUUAGCCCUGACAUUGUGUCUGCUGUUGGAUAUGGAACUCCACCAUGUGUCUCCAAAGAACUUGCUGAAAGCUGCUCUGGCUAUGUAUCGACAGUUGUGAUGCAGGAUGAUAUUAUACCUAGAUUGAGUGUAGCUUCCCUAACAAGGCUCAGAAAUGAAAUUCUUCAAACUGAUUGGAUGAGUGUAAUUGAGAAAGAAGACUGGAAAAGUGUCACAGAUUUGGUUACAAAUGCAAAGCAGGUUGUGUCUUCAGUGCAAGAUGUAGCUCGCAAACUUGCUGAUUAUGCAAAUUUCAGGAGAAACAAAAGUUUAGCUGUUGGUACCAUUGAUAAGGACUUGUUGCCAGAUGCUACAGAGACUCCCCUGCCCUCCAAAGCUGCAAAGGAAACUGCAGUUGUCACAAAAGUCGCGGGAACUAAACCUGCAGUUAUCGAGGAGUUAUUUAUACCUGGGGCUGUUUACUAUCUUAAGAGAAACUUAGGAUCCCAAAAUGCUGCUGGGAAGGAUUUUUUCACCCUUUCGAAGAGGGAGCCUGGUGAGCAUUUCCAGAAGAUAAUCCUUUCGGGCAAUUUGAUCACAGACCACAGAUGUGAUAGCCAUUAUUAUGCUUUGAGAGACGUUCUUAAAGGUUUGCCAUGGUGUGGAAAGGAAGGUAUAUUUAAAUAACAAAUAUUGUUCAUUAUUUUAAUUUUUCAUAAUAUCAUUUGAUUGUAAUAAAACUGUACAUUGUGUAGCUGAUUUUCUGUGCUUAGGGGGUACCUUACAGUUCUGUAGCCUGUGCGGAGGUGUUAGCAAUAGCACAUAAGAUUAGAAGUUAGGCAAUUUUGGCUAAAUACGAUAAGAAUUGUGGAUAGUUGGUUCUAUCCUCAAAAUAAACACUGACUUAGACCCGUACCAAAUAACAUUCAAUCAAUCAUUAUAGAGUCUAUUUCCUUGAGAACCAUCAUGUUGUAGCUCAUGUUUUCAAUUUGUAUAUGCAUAUGGAUCUCAACUAGUGACUGUUGUGAAUUAUUAUUUUGAAGAGUUAUCGCUGAAU